AAAUGGUGAUAUUUUCAGGACAUCAUCCAUUCGGAGACUGAGCUUCAGACGUUUGCAGUAUUUGCCGAAUUCCCAGCGACCACAGACACUAAUUGUUGGACUUCACUCCUAAUAGGGCGACAAACUUCUCUCAAAUCAACAUGGGUGUGAUCGAUCUGGAUACAGUUGUCAGGAAGUGGGUGGAGAACCGAGUGGGGGUCGGAAACGCCAGCAACAAGGCCAUGGAUAUCGACUGGCACAGAGUCCACUUCUCUACCGUCAGUUCCAACUGUUACGAAAGCACCCAGUAUCAGCAGCAACGCUAUGGGGCACGAGGGUCCCAGAACACCGCGUCAGGCCGGUCCCAGGUUGUUUUCACGUCUAACUACGAGAACAACACGGGGGAGGUACAGAGCCACACCUUCCAGAUGGAGAGGUCCACCGACGCUGUGGUCAGGACCAGUCUCACUAACGGCUUCUCCAAAGGCGGCGACGUCGGCAUCAACGUUGACGUACCCGAUACCAUCUCCAAGGCGACUGCAAGCUUUGGCAACGACGUCCAAAUACAACAGCAAGACGACAACACGGUCAAACACGCUGUCAAGUGGUCCCUGAACUCCACGGUGAAGGCCCAGCCCUACUCCCGGACCACCGCCAAGCUUUGUGUCACCGAGACGGAGAGCGAGUUCGACUUCGACGCCGAGGUGCACAUCAGAGGUACAGUUCUGGUCAAGAUGACCAACGGUGGGGGUGCCCAAACUGUAAGCCAGGGGGACAUUGCGACCAUUCUACAGGACGAGACAGAUAAGGGCAGAUUCAACUCCGACAACAAGGUGACCAUUCAAGGGCGGAAGGUCUCCUGGAAGGUUGCUGGGAAACUCAAGUUUAAAUACGGCAUUUCCCAGGAUACAUCUGUAUCGAGUGAAUCACUUUUGUAGAUGGUGAUACACUCUGUCAAAGACUAUUGCAAGAUGGUCACAGUCCGAGAUCGGAAGGCGAUACAAACGUUUGAGACAUUUCUUGUUUAUGAACUUUAUACAUGAGAGGAACUGAGAUUAAGAAACAACUUUUCAGACAUCCUCUGAAACUCUUAAAAUGGUUCAAACUGCCACUUGAUUACCUUUGAUAUCACCCUUGGGUUGACGCUGGAAAAUAUUUGACUUUUGUGUUUAAUAAUAUUUCUGUGUAUUAUGUUGUUGUUUUCUACCAUACAAGAAUAUAAGCAUUACAAAUUGUGCGAUGUGUACAUUUGUUAAAAUAAAGUGUAAUCAUCAAAUAACAAA